AUGGCUGCCAGUGAGCCAUCAAGGACCCUGGCAAGGUCAUUGCCGCGGGUUUUUGCACCCUCUACCCGCGCGCAAGGCCUCUGCUGUCGGCGCUAUGCUUCCGAUCAACCGUCGACCAGAUCAAGCUCUGCCCUUGGAGACCUGGAAUCGGACGGCUCUCUAAAGGCUACAGCAGCGCAGCAAGACGCUGCAAAGUCAUUUGAUCCCAUUGCAAGGGCCAGAUCGCGGAGAGUUCAACUUCCACGGAGUCGAUACCAAUUUCGAUCACCCAAAUACGACCGUGGUCCAUUGCACCCCCACAGACCUCCUCCUCCCUCCGACCCCUCCUCCCGACUUUUCGUCCCAGGCCCCUUCUCCCUACCACGAGUAGAACAGACGUAUGAGUCAACCGUCGCCUCUGACAUUCUCACCCUCUGCUACGUUCACAAUCCUCCCGGCUUCAAGCCUCCGCCGAAGGCCCCGCGUCUCCGCUCGUGGGAUGGAGACUCACCCUACCACAAGAAUCGUGCUCUUCGCGGGCCUCGUGGCGGCGAUGUCCUCCGCCUUCUCCGCAAGCCCAUCACCUUCAACAAUAUCCCCAAGCUCGAGCGGAUCACCAUUCACAGCUACAUUAAGGAAGCCGCGACUGAGAAUUCUUCUUGGCUUCACGUCGCCGGUAUUGCCCUCCAGGCUAUCUCAAAUGUCCGUGUACAGACGUACAAGUCGAGGUCUAGCGUUGCUCCAUGGGGUAUCGCGCCUGGCAGAGACACCGUGGCCGCCAAGGCAGAGCUUCGCGGCGAGGAUAUGGAGCACUUCUUCGGAAAGCUCGUUGACGUUGUGUUGCCCCGUCUCAAGGAUUGGCCCGGUGUAAAGGGCACUAGCGGUGAUAGCAGUGGAAACAUCACGUUCGGUUUGUCCCAGGAGCAAGUUGCCCUCUUCCCCGAGAUUGAGGUCAACUAUGACAUGUAUCCUCCUAAAAUGAUUCCCGGUUGCCACAUCACAAUCCACACAACCGCCAAAACUGACAAGGACGCCCGUCUGCUCCUCAGCGCCUUAGGAAUUCCAUUCUACGGCAAGAUCGUUGACUAG